AUGAAGGCCUUUAGACGAUCUCUGAAGGGGGAGAAAGACCCAAAACAUCAUCACAUCUCCAUUACACCUAAGUCUGCUACUUCGAUUUUACCCCCAAAGAAAGUAAUCAAAGCUCUCUACGACUACCAACCGGAGGGGACUUCGCAGGAAUUGGCAUUCAGCAAGGGGGAUUUCUUUCACGUUAUCAGCAGGGAGGACGAUCCGGAUUGGUACGAAGCGUGCAAUCCGCUGAUCCCUAGUGCUAGGGGACUUGUGCCCGUCUCCUUUUUUGAGGUUAUCGGCAAAAACGAGCGGGAUAGUGGGGGCUCUGGCGACCUGUCCAAGGACCACCACGACUCUGGUUUCUCCGAUCGCGGGCAUUUCCGAUCAGAAUCUUCCAUCGUCAAGAACGGCGGGAACGGCGCAUUCAGAAUGUCUUCACUCAAAGGCCAAGGCGCCAUGGUUUAUGGAGUCGUGCAAUACGAUUUCCAGGCGGAGCGACCCGAUGAACUGGACGCGAAGGCUGGCGAGGCCAUUAUCGUCAUCGCCCAAUCCAACCCGGAAUGGUUCGUCGCAAAACCCAUCGGUCGUCUCGGCGGCCCAGGGCUGAUUCCCGUUUCCUUUAUCGAAUUGCGGGAUUUACAAAGUGGGCAGGCUGUGACCGACCCGCUGGAGGCAGUGCGACGCGCCGGUGUGCCCAAGGUUGAGGAGUGGAAGAAAAUGACCGCAGAGUACAAGAACAGCAGUAUCACACUGGGCAAAAUCGAGGGUGGCCAGGGCGGCAAUAUGAUGGCCGUCAAUUCUGGUAUGGAAAAGAUGUCCAUGAGCCAGAACGGCAAUGGUUAUGUAUGCGACAACUCCGAGCCCCCAACGUCAGGAUUACCUGGGCUAACUGAUGAUGCGCCCGGACAGGAUCAUCAGCGUAUGAACAGCAAAGGGGCUCCGUCGCAAAUGCCCCCACCACAACAGACUUACCAAUCCCUGAUCCCCGUGUCCGCAUACAUACCGCGCUACUGUUUUGACAACGACAAGUAUUGGUAUAUCAUUGAAGCGAAGAUGGAGGACGGCCGCUGCUGGGAGCUAUCGCGUUACUACCACGAUUUCUACGAUUUCCAGAUCGCCCUCUUGACACAAUUCGAAGACGAAGCCGGCAAUCGUGGGCGUCAGCGGACCCUACCUUUCAUGCCAGGCCCUGUGACCCACGUCACAGAUGCAAUUUCCAACGGUCGACGACAGAAUCUCGACGAAUACAUCAAGAAGCUCCUGUCCAUGCCUCCCCACAUCUCGCGUUGUCAGCUCGUGCGGGACCUCUUUGCGCCCCGAGAAGGAGACUUCGAAAUCGACCCCAAUGCCUUCGGCGAGGACGCCCGGUACUCGGGUGGAUCCCAACACUCUGGCGGCCUGGACCCUCAACCAAGCGUGUCGCGCCAGUCUUCACAGCAGCAAAUCAACGCCUCCUCGGACCGGGUAUCCCAGCAGCGAGUGCCUGCACCUGCGUCUGCGCCUGUGCCUUAUGCCAAUGGUGGUCCGCCACCCAUGAAUCGGCAGCCAAGCUCCAUCUCCCAAACCCCCGCGCCAUCGGCCCCAGCCAACACCGCGAUGAAGGUCAAGGUGUUCUUCCAGGAUGAUCUCAUUGCCAUUCGCAUCCCGUCCGGCGUGAGUAUGCAGCACCUCAAGGACAAGCUAUGUGAUCGGUUGAAGAUACAGGACGAGAUCAUUGUGCAGUACCGUGACGAAGCCUCCAGCUCCUAUAUCGAUCUCCAUACCGAUCAGGAUCUGGAGAAUGCCAUGCAACGGAACACUAAGCUGACGCUGUUUGUCAGCGUCGCAUGA